GGAAACGGUAUAAUUUGAUGACACUUUUUUGACCUUUUAAGUGCCAGAAGAAUUGUUCUCUUCUACUACUUGUCCCAUUCAACACAUUCCACACGAAUCUCAAUUGCAUGACAGUGGUGACGAAAAACUCUUGAAUUCGUAAAAAAAAAGCAGCAAUCUAGGAUGAACCACCUGUCCAUUAAUCUCGAAACCUCCAUGAAUCUUUCCCAUUUUUAUUCCUUGCUUUUUUCCCCUUAACCCACCGUUUAUCAUUGCAGAAAAACCAAAAACUACCGCCAACAGUUUGAAGAAGUCCACAAACAAUGGCUGACCGUUUCUUCCCCAAUGAAAUGCCUGAUUACAUCCCAGAAACUUCAGGAAUCAUUUCGGAAACAGCGGAUGGACUUACCAAGCUUCUUCAUCUCCCCUUCAAGUCUGUUUGUGAAUUGCUCAAGAAUUCAGCUUUGGAUCUCAAAGACGCUGUGGUGAGAGAAACAUGGAUAAAUAGUGAAAAACGAGUGCAAGAUUAUACACUUUACACGGGUGCUUUAGGGACUGCUUUCUUGCUCUUCAAAGCUUAUCAAGUGAUUAGUGAUAAACAUGAUCUUGCUUUGUCUUCUCAGAUCAUUAAGGCUUGUGAUUCUGCUUCCCGUGCUUCCAAGAAUGUUACUUUCAUAUGUGGACGAUCUGGUGUCUGUGCUCUUGGUGCUGUGGUUGCAAAACAAGCUGGUGAUGAACAUUUAUUCAGUCACUACCUCUCAGAGUUCAAUCAGAUCAGGCUUCCUUCUGACCUUCCAUAUGAGUUGCUCUACGGAAAAGUUGGUUUCUUGUGGUCAUGUUCUUUCCUAAACAAGCAUAUCGGCGAAGGCACCGUAUCAAAUUCAACCAUGAGGGAAAUUUUUGCGGACAUUAUAAAAGCUGGAAGAAAUUCAGGAAAGGGAAGAUGCCCGUUAAUGUAUGAGUGGCACGGAAAAAAGUAUUGGGGUGCUGCCCAUGGUUUGGCUGGAAUUUUACACGUCUUAAUGGAUAUGCAGAUGACAACAGACGAGCAAGAAGAUGUAAAAUCUGUGUUACGCUACAUGAUUAAAGGUCGUUUCCCUAGUGGAAACUAUCCUUCUAGUGAAGGUAGUGAAUCAGAUCGUCUUGUCCAUUGGUGCCACGGUGCCCCUGGAAUAACCCUUACCCUUGCAAAAGCAUAUCAGGUUUUUGGCAAUAAAGAAUUCCUACAGGCUGCUGUAGAUGCGGGAGAGGUAGUUUGGAACCGAGGUCUGCUAAAAAGAGUUGGAAUUUGCCAUGGUAUAAGCGGAAACACCUAUGUAUUUCUUGCUCUCUACCGUAUAACCGGAGAUGCUAAGUAUUUGUAUAGAGCUAAAGCAUUUGCCAGUUUCCUACUCGAUAAAUCUCAGAGACUCAUUGCUGAGGGGUUUAUGCAUUGUGGUGACCGCCCUUAUUCAUUGUUCGAAGGGCUUGGAGGAACGGCUCAUCUCUUCUUUGACAUGAUUGAAACAGCUGAAGCAAGAUUCCCUGCUUAUGAACUGUAGCUUCUUUAACAAGUGCUUGUACAUUUCGUGUGCUUUUGUAAAGAAAUACUCGAAACCAUAGAAAAAGGCCGGUGAAAGCUUAUGAUUUACUGAUGUAAAUGUUGCAUGACAGCGACGUUUGUAGCUGCAAGACAUACAAACAGCCUGCAAUCGUACUAUAUGUAGUCCCUAUAAUACAUUUUCUUCUUCUAACGUUUAUAUAUAUAUAACAAUGGUGUAAGAAUGUUAUGGAACGGUGUGACUGAUUUCCUACACAUGACUGAUUUAUGAUUAAGGUUAUUUAUGUG